GCCAGCCAGCCAUUCAUUCAGUGGAAGGAUUGUUUCCAUGAGUGACUUACUUGUGUGUCCUUAAACGUCCCCGAUGAACACAUACACAGACGCACACACACACACACGCGUGUGUGCACAAAAUGCCAUUUGGCUCAUCCAAUGGACGCCUCUCUCACACCAUCUGUCUGUCUGUCUGUCUGUCUGCCGUAUGCGGACACACCACAUCGCACCAAAUCAAUCAAUAAUGAAUCUCUCUGUGUCGUCAUUAUUCAUUCAUCAGUGGCUUUGCCCUGCAGCGGCAGAAAUAUUUUUUGAUGAAGCCCAUGGACUCACAAUGGACCACACCUGCGUGUCCUUGAAGUGUGGGCGUCCUUAAGUGGCCACAUGGGACGACUACACACACACACCAGCCAUCUGUCUCUCAUCUGAUGGACGUCUCACCCACACACUGUCUGUCUGUCUGUCUGCUUUAUCUGCGGACAGACCACAUCGCACCAAUGACGUGGACACACCGAACACAGAGGGCCGAGAACAGAGAGGCCUCACAGCUGAAUAAAGGCAAUACGCAGACAGCCAUCCGAGACCCCUCAAGUAAUCUGACCUUUCGGGCCUCACACUCACACCACAGUCAGCACCUCUAUCUCGUCAGCCAUGAAGUGCUCACUGCCCCCAAACACAGCAUUGCCACGGUCAUCCCUCACCCCCACAUAGCCCUCAGGCACAUACUGCCUGGGAAUCGACUGACGGCAGCUGCGCAUAUCAUCAGCAGUGCCAUAUCCCAAACAUAGGCACCCACCGAUCCCAUCUAUCCUCAGCUUCCCCACUGUCCCCUCCCGCCCGGCCACAUAUACUAACCUCCUGUCAUCCAGCAUCUUGGUCGGCUUCUCGAAGUGGCCGCUCAGAGAGAAAUCGUACACAUAACAGGAGUAGUCGUUGUAGCCUUUUGGGUCGUGGGGCAGCUGGAUGCCGGCACUCAUAUAGACGCCGAAGACGUACUUGUCCUUGCGGAUGACGAACACCAGGCCCUUCGUGUCACCCACACACCUUAGGAAAUCAUCGAACGAUGGCCCAUCACGUGUGGCCCUGCACAUAGAAAGGCGGGAGAGAGAGAGAGAGAGAGAGCGAUGGACGAUAUCAAUGGUCCAGGACAACCGCACCUGUAAAUGAGUUUCAGUCUGUCCACAGCUGUCCGUCCGACGAAGCGAUAGAGUGCCGCCGACUGGAGCGGAUCAAAAUCUGCACCCUCCAUCACCUGCAACGACAAACAACAGGACGUCGAUGCCGCUCUCUCUUGCUAAUGUGUGUGUGACCUUGAGUGAGAGCAGUGAACGGCCGUCGACACAAAUCACCUCCACUUCAUCGGCCAUGAAGUACUCACUGCCCCCAAACACAGCAUCGCCAUACUCGUCCCUCACCCCCACAUAGCCAUCAGGCACAAGACAUCCGGCGAUGGACUGACGGCAGCUGCGCAUAUCAAUAACAGCGCCACCCUCACAUCCCAACCUCAGCCCAUCGAUCUCCAGCUUUCCCCCCCAAUUCACUGUCCCGUCUCGCCCCGCCACCCACACAAAGAUGCCACCCCCCAUCUUUGUCGGUUCAUUGAAGUGGCCGGCCAGUGAGAAAUUCCUCACAUGACAGCAGUAUCCCUUCUCGCCUUUUGGGUCGUCGGGCAGCCGGAUCCCGCCACUGAUGAAGGCGCCGAAGACGUACUUGUCCUUGCGGAUGAUGAACACCAGGCGGUUCGCAUCGUCGACACACCGCAGCAAAUCACCAUACAGUGGCCCGUCACGCGAGGCCCUGUGAGUACGCGAAAAAUGGAAGGGACCAAAUGCUGCUAAUUGGAGUCCUUGUGUGUGCUGUGUGUCGCACCUGUACAGCAGAGAGAAUUCACAUUCGUCGAACACGGAUGGGACGAAGAGGGAGCGGAGGGCUGCACACUCAGACUCACUCAGACUGCUGCCAACGACCAUCUGCAAGCAACGAGAGAGGUGAAGAACUGGGCUGAUUCAUGCCAAUGGAGAUUCUCACUUGGGGAUCAUGCGACUGGUCAUCCUCGUCUGUCGUGCUGCCAGUUGAGAGGGCCGUGGUGUCAGCCGCCGCACCGUCAGAUAUGCUUAUGACGUCACCAUCGUCCUGAUACAAGUGAAUGAGGAUAUACGAAUGAAUUGCGGCCCUCUUUGUCUUAGCUGCCUGUUGUCUGUCUGACCUCUGGUAUGUCACUGAGGCGAUCGUCGGCAGUCACUGUGAACACAGACUUGACCGACGACCGAGACCACACCUGCACACACAAACUCACAAUGCCUCCCCGUCUGUGUGGGUGUCCAUUUGAUUGCAGUCCACUCACCACAGACGGCGGCCCCUCUCGGUGGCUGCGAUUCUCAUCCUUGUGGAUCUUGGCUGGCGGCCUCUCGUUGGUCAGUCGACUCUCUGACGGUACCAUCUGCACGGCAACAGGGACAGAUCAAACAAGGCGCUUGUUCGCCAGCACAUGAGUGUGCCCUGUGGUUUGCCUACGCUCAUGGUGUUUCUCCCUGAUGUUUGCGAUUGCUGGUCGAGCGGGAUAUCAGUGGAUUGCUGGUGCUGCUCGCAGUUGCUGUUGUGGUCGAAGGUGACAAUGGCGCACGGGAACCAUCGGGCGUGUCCGGCGUGGGCGCCCUUGAUGCAAGUGCCGUACAUCCAGCCCUUGCUGCCGCGGCUGUCCGUGUGCGUCACAGACACUCGGUCACCGCAGCUCAGCAGCAGCAAGGCAGACUGACAGCCCUCCGGGUGAGAAGGGGGGUAAAAAUCUGAGCACACAACCAAACACACAACAACGUGUCGUGUGUGACAUCCAUCUUUGUGUGCAGCCAGCCGCACCUUCUGUGACGGUGCCGAUGGCGGGUCUGGUCAGCUCGCACGGUGUCGGUGGCGCACUGUCGUCAUGCUGUCCUGCGGGCUUGUGGCGGCUCGCAGGAAACGGGCUACGAAGACACACACACACACGCACACACGUGUUGCUCAGGUGAUGUCCGUACCUCUCGUUGGUCAAUCGGCUCUCUGAGGGUGUCAUCUGAACAACGUAAGGGACAAUCAAAUCAGCUACCGGUCCGCCAGAUAGAUGAGCACUGUUGGUUUGCUUACGCUCAUAGUGUUUCGCCCCGAGUGCAGCGACUGCUGGUCCAGCGGUCGAUCGCUGACAGCAGCAGCAUCGUCGUCUGGUGGGUAGAUGGCGGUCUGCAAUCAACACAGCAGACACAAAGGCCAUUUCUGCCGCAGCGUCAGCUCGGCGUCACUGACCGGUCCAAUGAAGCCAUCCGCCAGCCGAAGUGCAUCAGCAGCCGACUGGUGAGUGAGGGGCCUGGGUGGGGGAUGGGGGUGGGGCGGAGGUAUUGGGGAAGGGGGAUGGGCACUGGCGGCAGCAGCUGCGGCAGGCACAUGAGCCUCUUGUGUCGAGUACUGCGAUUGCCGGUGCAGCGAUCGAUCACCGUCAGCGGCCGGUGGGAUCUGCAGCCUAUCGUUAGGACGACGGCCGAUGAACCCAUCUGCCACUCGCACCGCAGCGGACUCGUCAACCACUUGGCCCUGCAGGACAGCACAGGAGAAACACACGUGCCGACAGAGCGCAUCGUCUGACGUCCUACCUGCUGAUCGCUGAGUCUUUCGCGGCUUGCUAGCGGUGCUGGGUCAGACUCAGUGCUCUGCGAGAAGAGAAACACACUACACUGGUUCAGCAUGUGGGUGUGUUGGGCGCACCUGUCUGCUCAGUUUGUUCACGUUGGAAAGCUCCCCCUGUGUUGGCUGGUUGAUGAGGGGAACGGGCAGAGGGUGGGGGUGGGGCGGAUGCACUGGGGAAGGGGAAGGGGCUGCUGGCGCAGUUGCUGCCGCAGCAGGCGCCUCUUCUGCGGCCUGAAAGAAGCACCAGAUGGAGAGUGCCUUUAGUUCUGUUUUGUCUCUCACCGAUGUGUGAGGUCCAGGUAUGGCGUUGCUCCCAAAACGGACCCUUUCACUGAUGUCAUUGGCAAGAAGACGCACCUGCGGGAGGCAGACAGGUGUGAUCAGAUACACAUCAACCACACGUCAGACACACUUACGGUAUCGCUCUGUGACGCAUCAGCAUGAAGGGCAUCCAGCUGGGGGGCCAGCAGCACAGCAUCCUGAUUGCCACAGACCAUUCACAUCCUCGCCCCUGCCUCUGCGUGCGUGUGGUUGUGUCAACGGCCAACCUCUUCUGGGAUGACAGAUCCCUCGUUGAGGCCUGCACGAACCGCGAGCAGGACGUCUUCAAGCGUCUGCUGGAUGGACAGACACAAGCCAUACACAAACAGGCGAGCUGCUCUCUUAUCACAAUACCUCUGGUGGAUGCACGGCCGCCAGUGUGUCAGCUCCGCGCACUGCAUGUAUCCCUUCCUGGGCAGCCGGCUGGCCCACCGACUAAACGCAAAAGCAUAGCACGCUCAUGCCAGCGGCUUAGCGUCCGAUGCACGCAGUGUUUGCCUACCGCCAUCCCGUCGGUGCCAUUGGUGCCUGCUGCAGCUGCAGCGGCAGCAGACUGGUGGGUGAGAGGAAUGGGCAUGUGCAGGUCCGGUUGGUGGGUAAGAUGAAGGGGAUGCAUCGGGGGAUAGAAAGACGCUGCUGCCGCAGCCGACACAGAUUGCCCGUCUUCGCGGCUCUGACAACCGCACAAAAUAUGUGUUCAGAACACAAGAAGACGAGUAUGAUGUGUCGAUUUCUUGUCACCUGAUCGGUUUGCUUCAACGCGCCUUGCGUGUCAUCCGAUGCGUCGGCUCCGCGCAGUGUGUGGAUCCCUUCUUGCGGGAGAGCGUUGAAGUGUUGCUCGCCUAUCAUGCCGUCGGUGUCAAUCGGGGGAGCGGGGAGGGCACUUGCGGCAGCGGCAGCAGCAGCGAGAGGCUGAUCGGUCAAAGUAACACUCUGGACAACAGGCCAAGGCGACAGAGUGGCACUCGACCGUCAACUCAUCCCCCGUCUGUGUGCUGUCUUUCCCACCUGGUUAUAUCUCUUCUUGACGCCACUGAUCCACGUGUCGCUCGCCUUGAAGCCACUGAUGCCCAGACGCCCGGCGAUCUCCAGCGCCUCACGGCGAAUGUGCUCCACGGGGAUCCUGGUCGGGUCCUCAUGGCCGGCCAUCCACUGGCGCAGCUCGGCCUCGAUCGGCUGAUAGGGCGAUUGUCUGAUGCGCUUCUUUGCCUUGUCGAUGGCGUCUUGUGCCUCGCUGCCGGCUGUCGAGCGAGAGCGCCAGUGCUUGAACUGGCUGAGAGUGAUGCCCUUCUCGAGAGCGAAGGCCAGCUGGGUCAGCUUCUCUCCCUGUGCCCUCCGGCUGUCGAACUCGGCCAGCAGCGCCUCCCUCUCGCCGAUCGCCACUUCCUUUGUCGAUCUCUGUCGCCGCGGGGGCGGAAGGGAUGACGCCCGCUGCCUCAGCGAUCCCUCUGUUGGAAGAAUGGGCGGAGGCGCACCAGCCAUGAGUGGGUCGACGAAGGGGAGCUGGCCGUAUGAGCAAGAAGGCUGCAUUGAGAGGGGGACAUUGGCCAGCGAGGGAAAUGGGUAGCCGGCAGGAGGGAAUGCUGCGAGGUGGUCCGGUGGGGGGAAUGAAGGGGGAGCGGCGGGAUGACCAAACGGCCAUUGGGCUGCUGGUGGGUGAGUGUCCGGUAGUGGAAGUGAAAAAUGAUGGCUCGACGGCUGAAGGAAGCAGACAGAGACGUGACAAAAGGUGGAAUGCAGUGAGGCACUCGCCCUCUGUCUCCUGCUCACCUGUGGCAUUUCACGUCCAUCGGUUUGCCCAUCUGGCUGCAGCGAUUCACUGACUGCCUCUCCUCUGCUGACGGCCGGAACACCUCGCUGGAGCAGAUUGCCCUCACUCAGACCAGCUGCAAAGACAGCACACAAGGUGGUGGGUGGGUGUUCAUUCUUUGUCUGCCCACCUGAGUCAGAAUCAUCGUGUGCAGGUGCGCCCUGCUGGUGCAUCGGCGCUUGCUGCAGCGAAGAGAAAAGACACUCAAUGAAGCAGUCUGCUCACUGCUUGUCAGUGUGAUGUGAUUCACCACCUGGGCAGCGCUGCCAUGAGUCACACGGUCAGCACCACCCAGUGCUUCACUCGGCCCACUCGGCUGCUGCUCGUCCGAUGAGUAAUGCUGAUCUGCCAUGAGUGACUGUCACGGUGGCAGACGCUCUGAAAUGCAGAGCCGCCUAUAGCGCC